UGACGCAUACAAUGUGACUCACUCACUCAUAGCUUAGUGCAACGGGUGUAUCGAGCAGCUCCGAAUUGUUCUGAUUUUGAGUCGUUUUUCUGAGCUAUUCGAAGGUUCUCUGAGGUCUUCGGUGUUCAUUUACCGUAUCUCGCCAGGUGCUGAAGAUGUCUUCCCGCAAAACUGCCGGUCGCCGUGCCACCACGAAGAAGCGCGCCCAGCGUGCGACGUCGAAUGUCUUCGCGAUGUUCGAUCAAGCGCAGAUCGCAGAAUUCAAAGAGGCUUUCAACAUGAUCGAUCAGAAUCAUGACGGUUUCAUUGAUAAGGAGGAUCUGCACGACAUGCUUGCCUCUUUGGGUAAGAAUCCCACCGAUGAGUACUUGGAAGCAAUGAUGAAUGAAGCACCUGGACCUAUCAACUUCACAAUGUUCCUGACACUGUUUGGAGAGAGACUACAAGGAACUGAUCCCGAAGACGUAAUCAAGAACGCCUUCGGCUGUUUCGAUGAGGAAAAUACCGGCCACAUAAAUGAGGAACGUUUGCGCGAGCUACUUACGACGAUGGGUGACAGGUUCACAGAUGAUGAUGUAGAUGAAAUGUAUCGCGAGGCGCCAAUCAAAGGCUCCAUGUUCGACUACCUGGAGUUCACUCGAAUCCUGAAGCAUGGCGCAAAGGACAAGGACGAGCAGUAGUGAGCAAACGCGGAUUCAUCUAAAAAUGUCGACCGCGUAUCCCGACACGGAAUCGUAGAUAGUAUUCGGAAGCGCGCUCCUUGCACUACACGAUUUGACGGAUUUCUAUGUGCACGAAAUUAUCACUAGUAAAUAUCUUUAUUUACAGCGACAAAAAAAAGAAAGCUACGUAGAACGUGCGGGGUAAUUCGAACCCACAAUGUGCACUGUGAUCUCGUUGCAACAAGUUUACUUACAUCUAUAAAGCCCGAAGCGAAUAUAUUAAACUCGAUUAAACAAACGUAACGUACUUUGAAGUGCGAGGUGCGCCGUUCAAGAAAAUCUUUUUCGGAAGUAUUCGCCGUCAGCCAUAAUAAUUUCUUGAAAGAUUGCUGUACAGUCGGUGAAAACGUUAUACGUGUAAGAUAUUUAUAAAUACAUAAAGCGGACAUGUAACUGUUGUAGAUUCAGCAUUUAUAUUUUAAUAUAAUAUUCUAUUGAGUAUGAAAAA